AUGGCGUCUUUGAUGGACCUUGUGUCCCAAAACCAGCCCAAAUUCCAAACACACCAAGCCCUUGUUCUUGUUGGACUCCAGAACGACUUUGUGACAUCAGAAGGACGACUGCCGGUUGACACCCAGACGGGCUUUUUGGAGCGCAUCCAGACUUUGAUUCCGAAGUUCAGGGAGCUCAGCGGCAAUGUCAUUUGGGUCCAGACGCUGUACGAAGCCGAUCGCAUCGCGACCGGUGCCGACACGGGUGCAGGAGACACGCUUGUCGUAGAAGGGCUGCUCGACGGCGAGGAAAACAACAAUGAAGCUGAGGAAGAGUUAGCCAAGGAAGCAGCGUCACUCCCAGCGCCAUCCAGAUCCUCAAAACACAAGGAACGCGCGCUAGCCCUGCUGAAACGCGUGUCUGCACGACGAAAGACGCUGCCAAAGGAAGUCGCAAAAGCCAAGGCUGAGGAAGACGAAGAGCUGUUCCUGUUGAAGAGCGAAAAGAGAACUCCAGCAUGCGUGCCCGACACGCGUGGCGCCGAGUUUGCAGAUGCGAUCGCGAAGCAAAUCGAGCUACCUGCGGACGUUGUGAUACAAACGACCAACUACUCCGCCUUCCAGGGCACCGACAUGCUCAUAACUCUGCGCGCAAGACUCAUUACCGAACUCUUCAUCUGCGGAUGCAUCACCAAUGUUUCUGUGCUGGCGACUGUCAUCGAUGCAGCAAGGCAUGGUGUCAAGAUUCAUGUUAUAGAAGAUUGCUUGGGCUUCCGCAAGGAAAGUCGACAUGAAUUGGCGCUGAAGCGCAUGGAAGACUUCUUCAGCACGUAUCUGGUCAAUAGUGAAGAGAUACUCAAGGAGGAUACGACGAUAAUUGCGACAAAGACGUCAGCGCCUGCGGAUAGUACGAAGAGCGAGCAGACUAUGGAGGAGCGUAUGGCCAAAUUGUCCCUUGCAAGGGACAUUAUUGAAAAGAGGGCUGCACAGGGUGCUGCAGGUGCCGCGGAAGAUAAGACAGAAGGGGACAAGCCGGAACUUGUCAAGUCCAAGGUUCGAAUGAGGAAGAAUAGGAAGAGCAAGAAGAAGGCGAAGGAUAGAGAAGCAUCAAAGGAAGAUGGUGAAGAGACGAAUGGCGAGCCGAGCACGUCUGCGAACCAGGUUACGAAGGAUCCAUCUCCGCCAAUCACAACGGCACCGACAGUUAUACCACAUUCCGCAUCGACUGAGCCUCAACGAAUGUCCAAGAUUGCGAAAGCCGGAAGCGUGGCAGAUUUGCGGCAGAAGGAAGGGAAGCAGCAUAUGCUGAAGAAUGCUAGCUCGGUACCUGCAUUGUCCGCGAAAGCUGGUGAUGAAAAGGAGAAGAACAGGUUGACUGAACUUUCGGAUCGCGUGCGCAUGUCACUCACUAGGGCACCAAAGUCUGAGUCGGGGUCUGAGUCAAAGAGAGGGUCCAUCAGUUCUGCAAAGCCUGCCCCGACCACCCCGAAGCAAGACGACAAGGAAAUCAAGCAACCGACUGUAGCAGCCGCACAACCAGAACAACCUACUGUGAGCACGCCAGAAGCCGAUUCGCCUCCGACGACACCUGCGAAAGCCGCAACGAUGGGCAAGCCCCCCAAGUUGCAAUCACUCGCAACGUUCCCUGUCCUGGGACCUGGCGACCACAUCGCAGAAGGCGACUCACGCAUCAUCCACGAUUUCUUCCCCGCCGACUUCUUCCACCCAACCGAACCAUCAAAACCACUCAAAGACACCAUCUUCACCCAUCUCUACAACGAAGUACGAUGGCAAAAGAUGCUCCACCAACAAGGCGAAGUACCGCGUCUAGUAUGCUGCCAGGGCGCCUUUGGCGACGACGGCUCAAUGCCCGUAUACCGGCACCCAUCCGACCAAACCCUGCCCCUGCUGCGCUUCUCCCCCAAAGUCCACAUCAUACGAAAGCGCGCCGAGGCGCUCGUCGGCCACCCACUCAACCACGUGCUAAUCCAACUCUACCGCUCCGGCAACGACUUCAUCUCCGAGCACUCUGACAAAACACUCGACAUCGUAAAAGGCUCCUCCAUCGUCAACAUAAGCUUCGGUUCGCAACGCACAAUGCGGCUCCGCACCAAGAAAACCCAGUCACAGUCAAAUGCAGACGACACAGACGGAAGCACAACCGAGCGCUCAACCCAACGCGUCCACCUCCCCCACAACUCCAUGUUCAUCCUCGGCCUCGCCUCAAACGCAAAAUGGCUCCACGGCAUCCAGCCCGACAAGCGCCUGCUCACCGAACGCAGCGAAACAGAAAAUGCGUAUGGAGGCAUACGCAUCAGCCUGACGUUCCGCCACAUAGGCACGUACCUCGACUGCCGCAGCACCAUCAUAUGGGGCCAAGGCGCAAGUUCGAAAACCCAACGCGACGCCGCGGAUAUCAUAUCGAACGACGAGGCGGAGACGAAACGCCUCAUCACUAGUUUCAGCCGCGAGAACCACGGCAGCGAGUGCGACUGGGAGAAGUGGUAUGCCGACGGCUUCGACGUGUUACACCUGCACGACCCCCCUCCCGCCGACACACCCCUGUUAUUCCUAUCCAACAACAAGAUAGAGAACGAACAAGUCCUUAUCUGCCUAACCGAAUCCAAAAUCCCGUACACGGUCGUUGAACCGCUGGAUCUGGAUAAGGAGUUUGAACAGGACAGACAGAUUACGUUCCGCGACACGGAUGCUCAGCAUGCGGAGAUUACGACAGCGAUGGCGCGAAUUUGGUGA